UCAACAUCUGUUUUCCAUCGUUAACGCUCACACUAACACUAGGCUCCAACUUUGCCUUUGACUCGCAAUCACUCAUUUUGAUGAACCAAUAGUCUGCUGCUCGAAUUUUGAAGUUUUCGGCUUCCAAGUCUUAGCAGCAAUGGAUUCCAAUACUGCGGCCGCAAAACGACCCCUGAAACAGGAGGCUUCAACAGCAAACAAGGCCUAUCUGAUCUUCUACAACUUCAUCUCAGCUGUGCAAUGGUCUAUUGUGCUCGGCCGCACCGCCAUGCUUGCCAGUGCCCACGGGCCUGAGCACGUAUAUCCUAAUAUUGGCCAAUAUACAAAAUGGACACAGACUUUGGCUGGGUUGGAGAUCCUGCAUUCGAUGCUUGGCGUCGUUCGCGCUUCCUUUGUCACCACUCUUAUGCAGGUCGCCUCGCGUUUCCUGCUCGUCUGGGCCAUCGUCGACGUCUUUCCCUUCCUCGCCCUCUCGCCCUUUUAUUCGUCCAUGCUCAUCGCUUGGUCCGUCACCGAGAUUAUCCGCUAUUCCUUCUUCGCUCUCUCGCUGUCCGGCUACCAGCCCAAGUUUCUUACUUGGUUGCGUUACAACACUUUCUUUGUGCUCUACCCCAUUGGUAUAUUCAGUGAAUGCAUCCUCAUCUGGUUCGCAACUGAGCCUGCGGGCAACACCAACGAGCUCUACAAGUGGGCACUUUACGCCAUCUUGGUUAUCUACGUUCCCGGAUCUUACGUCCUGUACACACACUUGAUGAGCCAGAGGCGCAAGGUCAUGCGAAAUCUGAAAGCCCACGGUCAGAAGGCUCAAUAAAAGGAAUAUAGACGGUAAAGAAAAGAGGAGAGGCGCGUUCCAUUGGAUGGCAUACAACUGAAAGACUUUGGGGAACCAAGAACUAUCUCGAUAUGAUCCAUAUAUAGUCUAGGGGCAGAUAUAUCUAAAGAAACAGAAAUCCAGCAGGUCAAACAUUUUUUUCGACCUGUCGAGUCUCGGGCGAAAGGCCGUCCUCAGUCAAUGGGGCGUCUUCCAACA